UCGCCGGCGGCCCCGGAGGGAGCGGGAGGAAGGAGCGGGAGCGGGAGCCGGCGGAGCCAUGGCCGACGAGGGAGAGGAUGAGAUCCAGUUCCUGCGGACCGAUGAUGAGGUGGUUCUCCAGUGCACGACCACCAUCCACAAGGAGCAGCAGAAGCUAUGCCUGGCGGCGGAGGGCUUUGGGAACCGGCUUUGCUUCCUGGAGUCCACGUCCAAUUCCAAGAAUGUUCCCCCGGAUCUGUCCAUCUGCACCUUCGUUCUGGAACAGUCUCUGUCGGUGCGGGCUCUGCAGGAGAUGCUGGCCAACACGGUGGAAAAGGCGGAAGGGCAAGUUGAUUUGGAAAAAUGGAAAUUCAUGAUGAAGACUGCUCAAGGUGGGGGCCAUCGGACGCUUCUCUACGGGCACGCCAUCUUGCUCCGCCAUUCCUACAGUGGUAUGUACCUCUCCUGUCUCUCCACCACGCGGUCUUCCACGGAUAAGCUGGCGUUCGACGUCGGGCUGCAGGAAGACACGACAGGAGAAGCCUGCUGGUGGACUAUCCACCCCGCCUCCAAACAGCGAUCCGAGGGGGAAAAGGUGCGGGUCGGCGACGACCUGAUCCUCGUCAGCGUCUCUUCCGAGCGGUACCUGCACCUGUCUUACGGCAACGGGACCCUGCACGUGGACGCCGCCUUUCAGCAGACCCUGUGGAGCGUGGCUCCCAUCAGCUCCGGGAGCGAAGCCGCCCAAGGAUACCUGAUCGGCGGGGACGUGCUCAGGCUACUGCACGGCCACAUGGAUGAAUGUCUGACGGUGCCCUCGGGGGAGCACGGCGAGGGACAGCGGAGAACCGUCCAUUACGAAGGAGGGGCUGUUUCUAUUCACGCCCGUUCCCUGUGGAGGCUCGAGACCCUAAGAGUUGCGUGGAGCGGAAGUCACAUCCGGUGGGGGCAGCCGUUCAGACUCCGGCAUAUAACCACAGGGAAGUACCUGAGCCUCAUGGAAGACAAAAGCCUCCUGCUCAUGGACAAGGAGAAGGCCGACGUCAAGUCCACCGCCUUUUGCUUCCGCUCUUCCAAGGAAAAGCUGGACCUGGGGAUGAGGAAGGAAGUGGAGGGGAUGGGGACGUCGGAAAUCAAAUACGGAGACUCGGUCUGCUUCAUCCAGCACGCGGACACGGGCUUGUGGCUCACCUACCAGUCGGCCGACGCCAAGUCCGUGAGGAUGGGAUCCAUUCAGCGCAAGGCGAUCAUGCACCACGAAGGUCACAUGGACGACGGGCUGAACCUGUCCCGCUCUCAGCACGAGGAGUCCAGGACCGCCAGAGUCAUCCGCAGCACCGCCUUCCUGUUCAAUAGAUUCCUCAGGGGUCUGGAGGCGCUGAGCAAGAAAUCCAAGUCUUCCCCCGUCGACCUGCCCAUCGAGUCGGUCAGCCUGAGCCUGCAGGACCUGAUCGGCUACUUCCACCCUCCCGACGAGCACCUGGAGCACGAGGACAAACAGAACCGGCUCCGAGCGCUCAAGAACCGACAGAACCUCUUUCAGGAAGAGGGCGUGAUCAGCCUGGUCCUGGAAUGCAUCGACCGACUCCACGUGUACAGCAGCGCCGCCCACUUCGCCGAUGCCGCCGGCCCGGAGGCCGGAGACGCGUGGAAGUCCACUCUCAACUCUCUCUACGAGUUGCUCGCGGCUCUGAUCAGAGGAAAUCGCAAAAAUUGCGCUCAGUUCUCUGGCUCCCUCGACUGGCUCAUCAGCAGACUGGAACGACUGGAAGCGUCCUCUGGAAUUCUCGAAGUUUUGCACUGUGUGUUGGUGGAAAGUCCGGAAGCUCUGAAUAUCAUUAAAGAGGGGCACAUUAAAUCCAUCAUCUCCCUGUUAGACAAACACGGACGAAACCACAAGGUCUUGGACGUCCUCUGCUCCCUGUGUGUUUGCCACGGAGUGGCCGUCCGCUCCAACCAGCACCUCAUCUGCGACAACCUCCUGCCGGGAAGAGACCUCCUCCUGCAGACCCGCCUCGUCAACCACGUCAGCAGCAUGCGGCCCAAUGUGUUCCUGGGGAUCAGCGAAGGGUCCGCCCAGUAUCGGAAGUGGUACUACGAGCUCAUCGUGGACCACGCGGAGCCCUUCGUCACGGCGGAGGCUACGCACCUGCGGGUCGGCUGGGCCUCCACGGAGGGCUACUCCCCCUACCCCGGCGGAGGCGAGGAGUGGGGCGGCAACGGCGUCGGCGAUGACCUCUUCUCCUACGGCUUCGACGGCCUCCACCUGUGGUCGGGCUGCAUCGCCCGGACGGUCAGCUCCCCCAACCAGCACGUGCUGCGCACGGAGGACGUGGUCAGCUGCUGCCUGGACCUCAGCGCACCCAGCGUCUCCUUCCGCAUCAACGGACAGCCCGUGCAGGGGAUGUUCGAGAACUUCAACGUCGACGGCCUCUUCUUCCCGGUCGUCAGCUUCUCCGCCGGCAUCAAGGUCCGUUUCCUGCUCGGGGGUCGUCACGGAGAGUUUAAGUUCCUCCCCCCGCCUGGGUACGCCCCUUGCUUCGAAGCGGUCUUGCCCAAGGAGAAGCUGAAGGUGGAAAACAGCGGCGAAUACAAGCAGGACCAGAACAGCACCCGUGGGGUUAGAGACCUGCUGGGUCCCACCGCCUCCCUGCCCCAAGCCGCCUUCACCCCGAUCCCCGUGGACACCAGCCAGGUUGUUCUGUCCCCGCACCUGGAGAGGAUCCGAGAGAAACUAGCGGAAAACAUCCACGAGCUUUGGGUGAUGAAUAAAGUGGAGCUGGGCUGGCAGUAUGGACCGGUGAGAGAUGACAACAAGAGGCAGCACCCUUGCCUGGUGGAGUUUGCCAAACUGCCCGAGCAGGAGCGCAACUACAACCUGCAGAUGUCACUGGAGACGCUGAAGACCCUGCUGGCACUGGGGUGCCACGUCGGAAUCUCCGACGAACGGGCCGAAGAAAAGGUGAAGAAGUUGAAACUGCCCAAGAACUACCAGCUGUCAAGCGGCUACAAGCCGGCCCCCAUGGACCUGAGCUUCAUCAAGCUGACGGCCUCGCAGGAAGCCAUGGUGGACAAGCUGGCCGAGAACGCCCACAACGUGUGGGCCCGGGACCGCAUUCGGCAGGGCUGGACUUACGGCAUCCAGCAGGACGUAAAGAACCGAAGAAACCCUCGCCUCGUCCCCUACGCCCUCCUCGACGACCGGACGAAGAAGUCCAACAAAGACAGCCUCCGGGAGGCCGUGCGGACUCUGCUCGGCUACGGUUACAACCUCGAGGCCCCCGAUCAGGAUCACGCCACGAGGACGGAAGCGUCGAGCGGCCCCGGCGAGAGGUUCCGGAUCUUCCGGGCGGAGAAGACGUACGCGGUGAAGGCGGGCAGGUGGUACUUCGAGUUUGAGGCGGUCACGGCCGGGGACAUGAGGGUCGGCUGGAGCAGGCCGGGCUGCCAGCCCGAUCAAGAGCUGGGCUCGGACGAACACGCCUUCGCCUUCGACGGCUUCAAGGCCCAGCGCUGGCACCAGGGCAACGAGCACUACGGGCGGGCGUGGCAGGCGGGCGACGUCGUGGGCUGCAUGGUGGACAUGAACGAACGCACCCUGAUGUUCACCCUGAACGGCGAGAUCCUCUUGGACGACUCCGGCUCCGAGCUGGCCUUCAAGGACUUCGAGGUCGGCCAGGGAUUCAUACCCGUGUGCAGCCUCGGGCUGGCCCAGGUAGGGCGGAUGAACUUCGGGAAGGACGUGAGCACCCUGAAGUAUUUCACCAUCUGCGGGCUGCAGGAAGGCUACGAGCCCUUCGCCGUCAACACCAACAGGGACAUCACCAUGUGGCUGAGCAAGAGGCUCCCUCAGUUCCUUCAAGUGCCGGCCGACCACGAGCACAUCGAGGUGACCCGGAUCGACGGGACCGGGGCGAGCUCCCCGUGUCUGCGGGUGACCCAGAAGUCGUUCAGCUCCCAGAAGAGCAGCGCGGAGAUCAUGUUCUACCGGCUGAGCAUGCCCAUCGAGUGCGCCGAGGCCUUCUCCAGAACCGCGGGCCUCGCCGGCCCCGGCCUCUUCGGCCCCAAGAGCGACCCGGAGGACUACGACGUGGACUCCGACUUCGAGGUCCUCAUGAAGACGGCCCACGGCCACCUGAUCCCCGAGCGGGCCGACCGGGAGAAGGACGCCGCCAAGCCCGAGUUCAACAACCACAAAGACUACGCCCAGGAGAAGCCCUCCCGGCUGAAGCAGAGGUUCAUGCUGAGGAGGACGAAGCCGGAUUACAGUGCCGGCCACUCGGCCCGGCUCACGGAGGACGUGCUGGCGGAUGAUCGGGACGACUACGAUUUCUUGAUGCAGACGUCUACGUAUUACUACUCGGUGCGGAUUUUCCCGGGUCAAGAGCCCGCCAACGUGUGGGUCGGCUGGAUCACUUCGGACUUCCACCAGUACGACACCGUCUUCGACCUGGACAGGGUUCGCACCGUGACGGUCACCCUGGGCGAUGAGAAGGGCAAGGUGCACGAGAGCAUCAAGCGGAGCAACUGCUACAUGGUGUGCGCCGGGGAGAACCUGAGUCCCGGCCAGGGGCGCAACAACAACGGCCUGGAGAUCGGCUGCGUGGUGGACGUCGCCACCGGCCUGCUCACCUUCACCGCUAACGGCAAGGAGCUCAGCACCUACUACCAGGUGGAGCCGAGUACGAAAUUAUUUCCGGCCGUUUUCGCCCAAGCCACGAGCCCCAAUGUUUUCCAGUUCGAGCUGGGGAGGAUCAAGAACGUCAUGCCGCUGUCGGCCGGCCUGUUCAAGAGCGAGCACAAGAACCCGAGCCCUCAGUGCCCGCCCCGCCUCCACGUCCAGUUCCUCACCCGCGUGCUGUGGAGCCGCGUGCCCAACCGGUUCCUCAAGGUGGACGUGUCCCGCGUCAGCGAGCACCAGGGCUGGCUGGUCCAGUGCCUGGAACCGUUGCAGUUCAUGUCGCUCCACAUCCCGGAGGAGAACAGGUCCAUCGACAUCCUGGAGCUGUCGGAGCAAGAGGACCUGCUGAAGUUCCACUCCCACACGCUCCGCCUCUACUCGGCCGUGUGCGCCCUGGGCAACAACCGCGUGGCCCACGCCCUGUGCAGCCACGUGGACGAGCAGCAGCUCCUCUACGCCAUCGAGAACAAGUACAUGCCCGGCUGGCUGCGGGCCGGCUACUACGACCUGCUGGUGGACAUCCACCUGAGCCCCUACGCCACGGCGCGGCUCAUGAUGAACGGCGAGUUCAUCGUCCCCAUGACGGAGGAGACCAAGAGCAUCACGCUCUUCCCCGGGUCCGGCCGAAAGCACGGCCUCCCGGGCAUCGGGCUGAGUACCUCGCUGCGGCCCCGGAUGCGGACGGCCGCCCCCGGCUUCGUCGCCGUGGGCCACGAGGGCCACCAGCUGAGCCCCGAGUUCCCGCUGGACGUGCUGAAGGCCAAGACCAUCCGGAUGCUGACGGAGGCGGUGAGGGAGGGCGGGCUCAGGGCCCGGGACCCCGUCGGCGGGACCACGGAGUUCCUCUUCGUGCCGCUCAUCAAGCUCUUCUACACGCUGCUCAUCAUGGGCGUGUUCCACGACGGGGACCUCAAACACGUCCUGCGGCUCAUCGAGCCCGGGGUCUUCCGCGAGGCGGCCGCCCCGGACGGGGGCGCCCGGGAGGACGGGGACCCCGGCGGGGACCCGGGCGUCGGGGCCGAGGAGAUGCCGCAGGAAGGACUGCUCCAGAUGAAGCUUCCCGAGCCCGUCAAGUUGCAGAUGUGCCUUCUGCUGCAGUACCUCUGCGACUGCCAGGUCCGCCACCGGAUCGAAGCCAUCGUCGCCUUCUCGGACGACUUCGUGGCCAAGCUGCAGGACAACCAGCGCUUCCGCUACAACGAGGUCAUGCAGGCCCUGAACAUGUCGGCCGCCCUGACGGCCCGGAAGACCCGGGAAUUCCGGUCUCCCCCUCAGGAGCAGAUCAACAUGCUCCUGAAUUUUAAGGACGAGAAAAGCGAGUGCCCUUGCCCCGAAGAAAUCAGGGACCAGCUCUUGGAAUUCCACGAAGAUCUGAUGAUGCACUGUGGAAUCGAACUGGAUGAGGACGGCGGCCCGGAGGGGAGCAGCGACCUCACCAUCAGGGGCCGCCUGCUCUACCUGGUGGAGAAGGUCACCUACCUCAAGAAGAAACAAGCCCAGAGACCCGUGGACGGCUACUCCAGGAAGCCCUCCACGCUGCAGCAGCUGAUCUCGGAGACGAUGGUGCGCUGGGCCCAGGAGUCGGUGAUGGAGGACCCGGAGCUGGUGCGGGCCAUGUUCGUCCUGCUCCACCGCCAGUACGACGGCAUCGGGGGCCUGGCCCGGGCGCUCCCCAAGACCUACACCAUCAACGGCGUCUCCGUGGAGGACACCGUCAACCUCCUGGCCUCCCUGGGGCAGAUCCGCUCCCUCCUCAGCGUCCGCAUGGGGAAGGAGGAGGAGAAGCUGAUGAUCCGGGGAUUGGGUGACAUCAUGAACAACAAAGUAUUUUAUCAGCAUCCCAAUCUAAUGCGCGCCCUGGGAAUGCACGAAACCGUGAUGGAGGUCAUGGUGAAUGUCCUCGGCGGAGGCGAGAUGAAGGAAAUCAUCUUUCCCAAGAUGGUGGCCAACUGUUGUCGGUUCCUUUGCUACUUCUGCCGCAUAAGCCGGCAGAAUCAGAAAGCCAUGUUUGAUCACCUCAGCUACCUCCUGGAAAACAGCAGCGUUGGACUCGCCUCCCCAGCCAUGCGAGGGUCGACCCCGCUGGACGUAGCAGCCGCGUCCGUGAUGGACAACAACGAGCUGGCCUUGGCGUUGCGGGAGCCCGACCUGGAGAAGGUGGUACGCUACCUGGCGGGCUGUGGAUUGCUGAGUUGCCCCUUGCUGGUAUCCAAGGGCUACCCGGACGUCGGCUGGAAUCCCGUGGAAGGGGAGAGAUAUCUGGACUUCCUCCGGUUCGCCGUCUUCUGCAACGGGGAGAGCGUGGAAGAGAACGCCAACGUGGUGGUCAGAUUGCUCAUCCGGCGGCCCGAGUGUUUUGGCCCAGCUCUGAGAGGGGAAGGUGGAAACGGGCUACUGGCCGCCAUGGAGGAAGCCAUCAAGAUAGCCGAAGACCCUUCCAGAGACGGACCCUCGCCCGCCAAUGGAGCCGGCAGAACCCUCGAGGUAGAAGAGGAAGAUGACACCAUCCACAUGGGAAAUGCCAUCAUGACCUUCUAUGCGGCGUUGAUAGACCUCUUAGGACGUUGUGCCCCAGAGAUGCAUUUAAUCCACGCCGGGAAGGGAGAAGCUAUUAGGAUCAGGUCCAUUCUGAGAUCGCUAAUCCCCUUGGGCGAUUUGGUGGGGGUGAUCAGCAUCGCCUUCCAGAUGCCCACGAUAGCCAAAGAUGGGAAUGUGGUGGAGCCGGACAUGUCCGCGGGGUUUUGCCCAGACCACAAGGCAGCCAUGGUUUUGUUCCUUGACAGGGUUUAUGGCAUUGAGGUCCAAGACUUCCUCCUCCACCUCCUUGAGGUCGGCUUUCUGCCGGAUCUCCGGGCCGCUGCUUCGUUAGACACGGCCGCGCUGAGCGCCACCGACAUGGCCCUGGCCCUGAACCGCUACCUGUGCACGGCCGUCCUGCCGCUGCUCACCCGCUGCGCCUCGCUCUUCGCCGGCACGGAGCACCACGCCUCUCUGAUCGACUCGCUCUUGCACACCGUCUACCGCCUCUCCAAAGGAUGCUCCCUCACCAAAGCCCAGCGCGACUCCAUCGAAGUCUGCCUGCUGUCCAUCUGCGGCCAGCUGAGGCCUCCCAUGAUGCAACAUCUGCUGCGGAGGCUGGUUUUCGACGUCCCUUUGCUGAACGAGCACUCCAAGAUGCCGCUCAAGCUGCUGAUGAACCACUACGAGAGGUGCUGGAAAUACUACUGUCUGCCCGGAGGCUGGGGCAGCUUCGGGACGGCGUCUGAGGAAGAGCUCCAUCUGUCCCGGAAGUUGUUCUGGGGCAUCUUUGACGCCCUGUCUCAGAAGAAAUACGAGCAGGAGCUGUUCAAGCUGGCACUCCCCUGCCUCAGCGCAGUGGGGGGGGCCCUUCCGCCGGACUAUAUGGAGUCCAACUACGUCAGCAUGAUGGAGAAGCAGUCAUCCAUGGAUUCCGAGGGGAACUUUAACCCCCAGCCCGUCGACACCUCCAACAUCACGAUUCCCGAAAAGUUGGAGUACUUCAUUAAUAAAUACGCAGAGCACUCCCACGACAAGUGGUCCAUGGAAAAGUUGGCCAACGGAUGGAUUUAUGGGGAAAUAUACUCUGAUUCGUCGAAGGUUCAGCCGUUAAUGAAGCCCUACAAACUCUUGUCUGAGAAGGAGAAGGAAAUCUACCGCUGGCCCAUCAAAGAGUCCCUGAAGACGAUGCUGGCCUGGGGGUGGCGGAUCGAAAGGACUCGGGAAGGGGACAGCAUGGCCUUCUACAACCGGACCCGCCGCAUUUCUCAGACAAGUCAGGUUUCCGUCGACGCCGCCCACGGCUACAGCCCGCGUGCCAUUGAUAUGAGCAACGUCACCCUCUCCAGAGAUCUUCACGCCAUGGCAGAAAUAAUGGCAGAAAAUUACCACAACAUAUGGGCAAAGAAAAAGAAAAUGGAACUGGAGGCGAAAGUUGGCGGGGGAAACCACCCGUUGCUGGUGCCCUAUGACACCCUGACCGCCAAGGAGAAAGCUAAGGACCGCGAGAAGGCCCAGGAUAUCCUCAAGUUCCUGCAGAUCAACGGCUAUACUGUGUCCAGGGGUUUCAAGGAUUUGGAAAUGGACACCCCAUCCAUAGAAAAACGCUUCGCCUACAGCUUCCUGCAGCAACUCAUCAGAUACGUGGAUGCGGCUCAUCAGUACAUUCUGGAGUUUGAUGGGGGCAGCAGGAGCAAGGGAGAGCAUUUUCCCUACGAACAAGAAAUCAAGUUCUUCGCCAAAGUCGUGCUUCCUCUCAUCGAUCAGUAUUUCAAAAACCACCGCCUCUACUUCCUUUCUGCCGCGAGCAGGCCGCUGAGCACGGGGGGCCACGCGUCCAACAAGGAGAAGGAAAUGGUGACAAGCCUGUUCUGCAAACUUGGAGUUCUUGUCAGGCAUAGGAUUUCACUGUUUGGAAACGAUGCCACGUCGAUUGUCAACUGCCUCCAUAUUCUGGGACAGACCCUGGACGCGAGGACGGUGAUGAAGACCGGCAUGGAGAGCGUGAAGGCCGCGUUGAGGGCGUUUCUGGAAAAUGCCGCCAAGGAUUUGGAGAAGACGAUGGAGAACCUCAAACAAGGCCAGUUCACCCACACCAGGAGUCAGCCCAAGGGCGUGACGCAGAUCAUCAACUACACCACCGUGGCCCUCUUGCCGAUGCUGUCGUCUCUGUUCGAACACAUCGGGCAGCUGCAGUUUGGAGAGGAUUUGAUCCUGGAAGAUGUUCAGGUGUCUUGUUACAGAAUCCUGAGUAGCUUGUAUGCCCUGGGUACCAGCAAGAGUAUCUACGUGGAGAGGCAGAGAUCUGCCCUAGGAGAAUGCCUGGCGGCUUUUGCCGGGGCUUUCCCCGUGGCGUUUUUGGAAACCAGCCUGAAUCAGCACAAUCCCUACUCCAUCUACAACACCAAGACUCCGCGGGAGAGGGCGGCGCUGAACCUGCCCGACAGCGUGGAGGAGAUGUGCCCCGGCGUGCCCACGCUGGAGAAGCUGAUGGAGGAGAUCAUGGAGCUGGCGGAGUCGGGGGUGCGCUACGCCCAGAUGCCUCACGUGAUGGAGGUGAUCCUGCCGAUGCUGUGCAGCUACAUGUCCCGCUGGUGGGAGUACGGGCCCGAGGGUCGGCCCCGGCCCGGCCCCCGCCCGGCCGAGCCCUGCUGCACCGCCCUCCGCUCCGACCACAUGAACACCCUGCUGGGCAACGUCCUCAAGAUCAUCCACAACAACCUGGGCGUCGACGAGGGGGCUUGGAUGAAGAGGCUGGCCGUGUUCUCCCAGCCGAUCAUCAACAAGGUCAAGUCGCAGCUGCUGAAGACCCACUUCCUGCCCCUGAUGGCCAAGCUGAAGAAGAAGGCCGCCACCGUGGUGUCGGACGAAGACCACCUGAAGGCCGAGGCCCGGGGGGACAUGUCCGAAGCCGAGCUGCUCAUCCUGGACGAGUUCACCACCCUGGCCCGGGACCUGUACGCCUUCUACCCUCUGCUCAUCCGAUUCGUGGACUACAACAGGGCAAAGUGGCUGAAGGAGCCCAACCCCGAGGCCGAGGAGCUGUUCCGCAUGGUGGCCGAAGUCUUCAUCUACUGGUCCAAGUCCCACAAUUUCAAAAGGGAGGAGCAGAACUUUGUGGUUCAGAAUGAAAUCAACAACAUGUCUUUCCUCAUUACGGACACCAAGUCGAAGAUGUCAAAGGCGGCCGUUUCCGACCAGGAGCGGAAGAAAAUGAAGCGGAAAGGGGACCGCUACUCCAUGCAGACCUCCUUGAUUGUGGCGGCCCUGAAGAGGUUGCUCCCCAUUGGGCUGAAUGUCUGCGCCCCCGGAGACCAGGAAUUAAUCGCGCUGGCCAAAAACCGAUUUAGCCUGAAAGACACGGAGGACGAAGUCCGAGACGUCAUACGCAGUAACCUUCACCUGCAAGGCAAGAUGGAAGACCCGGCAAUCAGGUGGCAGAUGGCCCUCUACAAAGACCUGCCGCACCGGACCGAUGGAGCCUCGGACCCCGAGAAGACGGUGGAGCGCGUGCUGGACAUAGCCAACGUGCUCUUUCACCUGGACCAGAAACCGACUUAUAUGGGCCGGAGAUAUUACAGUAUGGUGGAGCAUCCUCAGCGAUCGAAGAAGGCUGUGUGGCAUAAACUGCUGUCCAAGCAAAGGAAGAGGGCGGUGGUGGCCUGCUUCCGGAUGGCCCCGCUGUACAACCUGCCGAGGCACCGGGCCGUCAACCUCUUCCUCCAGGGCUAUGAGAAGUCUUGGAUCGAAACCGAAGAGCAUUACUUUGAAGAUAAGCUGAUCGAGGAUCUGGCGAAGCCGGGCACUGAGCCGCCUGAGGAGGACGAGGCCUCCCGGAGAGUGGACCCGCUUCACCAGCUCAUCCUCCUGUUCAGCAGGACUGCGCUGACAGAGAAGUGCAAACUGGAGGAAGAUUUCCUGUAUAUGGCUUAUGCUGAUAUCAUGGCCCAGAGCUGCCACGACGAGGAAGACGACAGUGGCGAAGAGGAAGUCAAGAGUUUUGAAGAGAAAGAAAUGGAGAAACAGAAGCUUCUGUACCAGCAAGCCAGACUGCACGAACGAGGAGCCGCCGAGAUGGUGCUGCAGACUAUCAGUGCCGGCAAAGGUGACACGGGACCCAUGGUGGCCGCGACCCUGAAGCUCGGGAUCGCCAUCUUGAAUGGAGGGAAUUCCACGGUCCAGCAGAAAAUGUUGGACUACCUCAAGGAGAAGAAGGACGUAGGCUUCUUCCAGAGUCUCGCAGGUCUCAUGCAGUCAUGCAGCGUCCUGGACCUGAACGCGUUCGAGCGGCAGAACAAGGCAGAAGGACUGGGCAUGGUCACGGAAGAGGGAUCAGGAGAAAAGGUGCUGCAGGAUGACGAAUUCACCUGUGACCUCUUCCGCUUCCUCCAGCUGCUGUGCGAGGGGCACAACUCAGAUUUCCAGAAUUACCUGCGCACGCAGACAGGAAACAACACCACUGUCAAUAUCAUCAUCUCUACGGUGGAUUACCUCCUGAGGGUUCAGGAAUCAAUCAGCGACUUCUACUGGUAUUACUCCGGGAAAGAUGUGAUUGAUGAACAGGGGCAGCGGAAUUUCUCCAAAGCAAUCCAAGUGGCCAAGCAGGUCUUCAAUACCCUCACGGAAUACAUUCAGGGGCCGUGCACCGGGAAUCAGCAGAGUUUAGCGCACAGUCGGCUCUGGGAUGCGGUGGUUGGCUUCCUUCACGUCUUCGCCCACAUGCAGAUGAAGCUGUCUCAGGACUCCAGCCAGAUCGAGUUGCUGAAAGAACUGAUGGAUCUGCAGAAGGACAUGGUGGUUAUGCUGCUGUCCAUGUUGGAAGGCAACGUGGUGAACGGAACGAUCGGGAAGCAGAUGGUGGACAUGCUGGUGGAGUCCUCCAACAACGUGGAGAUGAUCCUCAAGUUCUUCGACAUGUUCCUGAAGCUGAAGGACCUGACGUCCUCGGACGCGUUCAAGGAGUACGACCCCGACAGCAAGGGCGUCAUCUCCAAGCGGGACUUCCACAAGGCCAUGGAGAGCCACAAGCACUACACCCAGUCGGAGACGGAGUUCCUGCUGUCCUGCGCGGAGACGGACGAGAACGAGACCCUGGACUACGAGGAGUUCGUCAAGCGGUUCCACGAGCCGGCCAAGGACAUCGGCUUCAACGUGGCGGUCCUGCUGACCAACCUGUCGGAGCACAUGCCCAACGACACGCGGCUGCAGACGUUCCUGGAGCUGGCGGAGAGCGUGCUCAACUACUUCCAGCCCUUCCUGGGCCGCAUCGAGAUCAUGGGCAGCGCCAAGCGCAUCGAGCGGGUCUACUUCGAGAUCAGCGAGUCGAGCCGGACCCAGUGGGAGAAGCCGCAGGUCAAGGAGUCGAAGCGCCAGUUCGUCUUCGACGUGGUCAACGAGGGCGGCGAGAAGGAGAAGAUGGAGCUGUUCGUCAGCUUCUGCGAGGACACCAUCUUCGAGAUGCAGCUGGCCGCCCAGAUCUCCGAGUCGGACCUGAGCGAGCGGUCGGCCAGCAAGGAGGAGAGCGAGGAGGAGAAGCCGGAGGAGCAGGAGGUCGGCCUGGGCUUCUUCUCCGUCCCCACGGCGACCUCGGCCCUGCUGGCCCUGAGGGUCCACACGCUGGCCCUCGUGAAGGCGCUGAGUGUCAAGAGCCUGAAGAAGCAGAUGAAGAAAGCCAAGAAGAUGACGGUGAGGGACCUGGCGGCCGCCUUCUUCGUCUCCUACUGGACCGUCUCGGCGGGCCUCCUGCACUUCUCCUCGAGCGUCCUCCGCGGCUUCCUCCGCGUCCUGGGCGGCCUGCUGCUCGGGGGCGGCCUGGUGGAGGGGGCCAAGAAGAUCCGGGUGUCCGAGCUGCUGGCCAACAUGCCGGACCCCACGCAGGACGAGGUGCGGGGGGAGGGCGAGGAGGGCGACGGGAAGCCGGCGGAGGCGGCCCCGCCGGCCGAGGACCUGACGGACCUGAAGGAGCUGGCGGAGGAGAGCGACCUGCUCUCGGACAUCUUCGGCCUGGAUCUGAAGCGGGAGGGAGGCCAGUACAAGCUCAUCCCGCACAAUCCCAACGCCGGCCUCAGCGACCUGAUGAGCGAUCCCGGCCCCGAGGAGCAGGAGCCUCUCCAGGAACAGAAGAAGGCACAAGGUGACAAAGACGAGAAAGAAGAAAUGAAAUCCGAGCCAGAAAAAGCGGAGGGCGAAGACGGAGAAAAGGAAGAGAAGGGCAGAGAUGAGAAGGGCAAGCAAAAGCUAAGGCAGCUUCACGCGCACAGAUACGGCGAGCCCGAGACUCAAGAAUCGGCCUUCUGGAAGAAGAUAAUCGCCUACCAACAGAAGCUUCUCAACUAUUUCGCUCGUAACUUUUACAACAUGAGGAUGUUGGCCUUGUUUGUGGCAUUCGCGAUCAACUUCAUCUUGCUCUUCUAUAAGGUCUCCACCUCCUCGGCGACGGAAGGGAAGGAGUUCUCCAUCCCGAGCGUGAGUGAAGACACUGGCUUGGACAGCCUGGACGGCCCCUCCCAUCGGAUCAUCACCGUCCACUUCGUCCUGGAGGAGAGCAGCGGCUACAUGGAACCCACCCUCCGUAUCCUGGCCAUCCUUCACACGGUCAUCUCCUUCUUCUGCAUCAUUGGCUACUACUGCCUCAAAGUGCCCCUGGUGAUUUUCAAACGGGAGAAGGAAGUGGCUCGGAAACUGGAAUUCGACGGGCUGUACAUCACCGAGCAGCCGUCCGAGGACGAUAUCAAAGGGCAGUGGGACCGGUUGGCCAUCAACACGCAGUCAUUUCCUAACAACUACUGGGACAAGUUCGUUAAGAGAAAGGUCAUGGACAAGUACAGCGAGUUCUACGGACGCGACCGCAUCAGCGAGCUGCUGGGGAUGGACAAGGCGGCGCUCGAUUUCAGCGACGCCCGGGAAAAGAAGAAGCCCAAGAAGGACAGCUCGCUCUCUGCCGUGCUGAAUUCCAUUGAUGUGAAGUAUCAGAUGUGGAAACUCGGCGUUGUCUUCACCGAUAACUCCUUCCUUUACCUGGCCUGGUACAUGACCAUGUCUGUCCUGGGACACUACAACAACUUUUUCUUCGCUGCCCACCUCCUGGACAUCGCCAUGGGAUUCAAAACCCUGCGGACCAUCCUGUCAUCCGUGACUCACAACGGCAAGCAGCUGGUGUUAACGGUGGGCCUGCUGGCGGUGGUCGUGUACUUGUACACCGUGGUGGCGUUCAACUUCUUCCGGAAGUUCUACAACAAGAGCGAAGACGGCGAUAUGCCCGACAUGAAAUGCGACGACAUGCUCACGUGCUACAUGUUCCACAUGUAUGUGGGAGUGCGUGCUGGCGGGGGCAUCGGCGAUGAGAUCGAAGACCCGGCGGGAGACGAAUAUGAGAUCUACCGGAUAAUCUUCGACAUCACCUUCUUCUUCUUUGUGAUUGUCAUCCUGUUGGCCAUCAUACAAGGUUUGAUUAUCGAUGCAUUUGGAGAACUGAGAGACCAGCAGGAGCAGGUUAAAGAAGACAUGGAGACCAAAUGCUUUAUCUGCGGCAUCGGCAACGACUACUUCGACACGGUGCCCCACGGCUUCGAAACGCACACCUUGCAGGAACACAACCUGGCCAAUUACCUGUUCUUUCUGAUGUAUCUCAUAAACAAAGAUGAGACGGAACACACAGGGCAGGAGUCGUACGUGUGGAAGAUGUACCAGGAGAGGUGCUGGGAGUUCUUCCCAGCCGGCGACUGCUUCCGCAAACAGUACGAAGACCAGCUCAACUGACGCCGCCGAGGCCCGCGGCCCAGGAGCCCCCGCAAGUCAACUCCGGCUCCUUCGCCACCCCCGUCCCUCCCCGCUCCCCCAGACCCGCCGUGCCCAUCUCGGGUGCAUCCUCGAGCCCCGGGGCUCCGCUCGGGGUGACCAGAUCACGGGCCCCCCUUCCCACCCUCCGCACUCCCGCCCCGGGUACUUCCUUCGAGGACCGAGGACCACCCCGCGGCCGGCGACCGAGGAGGCCGCCUGAGAGGGAGGAAUUCAGCCGACACCCCGUCGGCCGGAGUCCCCACGGCCCCCUCGCCGGACGGACCGGGUUCCCCUCCGGCCCCCCGCCCCGAGAUCCCAGGGGCGUCCAGGGCACCUCCAGAGGCCCAGGGCAGCCGCCGCCCCGAUUCGGUUUAUUUAUUUCAUCAUCCUGGAAGGGUCAGUCAUCCCGUCCGUUCACGGCUCACCGGAGCGAUGUUACCGGUGGCUGUGGACCCCGAGGUGGGUUGGGAAAUAGUGCCUUACUAGACGUGGGUUGAGCUAUGCAGAAGACGAGCGCAUGAGAAAAAAAACAAAAAACAGACAAAAAAAAACCAACCAGAACAAAGCCAAGACAUCUUUAUUUUCUCCAUCGUCACCCCUCUCUCCCAAAUCGGAUCGAUUUGGGGGUUGAUUGUGGUUUCCUUUUUGCUUUUCUCUCCGGCGGAGGAGGGUCGGAGCAGACGGCCAACCGACACGAUCGUGGCGCGUCUUAGGUUAACCGUAGGCAGUUUUCGUUCGGCUAAAUUCACACCCGCCGUCCCCUCUCCGCUCUCGCUCUUAAUUUUGGGAAUGCUCCAAUGCCACCCUGCAACCUUAUGAAAUCUUUGUAGGAAAACGAAAAAGACUGCAAAAAAAAAAAAAAAAAAAGAAAACAAAAACCAAAUCCAACACCACCCCUUCCAAACGGAUAACUCAUUGCAUGUUUAUUAUGCAAGUUUAAGAAAAGACACGUUUCUUGAAGCCAGCUGCUCAGCGUGAGAGAUCUUUUCACGGUAAUUAUCUUCAUAGUAAUAAAGUGUUGUGGGCUUUAUCGUUCAUUCAGCACCGAUGUCUUCAGCCGGCAGUGUCACAUGAUAUGAACUUGACAGCUAUUUCGAUUUUUUUUUUCUCCCCCUCUCCACCCUCCCUUCUUUCCAUUGGCCACCUGUGACCAGUUGUGGAGUGAAGGACCUCUCUUCCUGUCCAUUUAAAAAAAAAAAAAAAAAGCAAAAAAGGAAAAAAAAAAAUCCAACCUGAAGCAAUACCCAUUCAGGGAUUUCAUCUGUUGCGUCGCCAAGCACGGAGGAUGGGCAGGUGCCGCCAUUUUGGGUCCUUUUCGAGUGUCAUGUCAACCUUUACCGAGAAAAAGAGCGAUUCAGAAUGGGAGCUAACAUUGGAGCCUUUUAUUACCGACUCUGCCUGUUCAUUUUAGAAUUGUAAAACUGCUGAUUAAAGUAUUUAACUAA